AUGAAGAUGGCAGAGUUUCAGUGUCUUUGCCAAGGUUUCCUGACUGUCGAUCAAUAUGAGGUGAAAUUCGCUGAACUGUCACAAUAUGCUUGUGGGUUAAUUGAGAAUCCCACGAACCGAGUGAGAAGGUUCAAGGAAGGAUUCAAGCCGGACUUGAGGAGUGUAUUGAUUUCGCCAGAUUUGAGGAACUACAAUGAACUAUACCAAAGAACCCAGAUGAUUGAGAGAGAUCAGAAUGAUAGAGCCGCCACCUCUAGGUCGAGAUUCAAUACAAACAGAGAUGUGAUUCGCCAAAGAAAGAGGCCUAUGCUUGGAGGUAGAUUUAAUAUUCUGCCCAACAAGAUGGGUGUAAUUGGCAAGUUUGGGCCAAGUAGGAAUGAAUUGUGUCGCGCUUGUGAAGUUGACAUUGACCAAACCAGUGCCCCCAAAGGACGGAUGCCUAUUUUGAAUGUGGCUAGCAGGGUCACAUGGCUAGAGAUUGUCCAAGAAGGCCACGAGGACAACCGAUAUCAUCAACUGAGAAUUAGGAAGGAGGACGUGCCUAAGUCAGCAUUUCCUACUCUUUAUGGUUACUAUGAGUUCACAGUGAUACCGUUUGGGUUGACGAAUGCUCUAGCUACCUUCAUGGAUUUGAUGAACAAAGUAUUCGAGGAAUACCUAGAUCAGUUUGUGAUCGUGUUCAUCGAUGAUAUUCUGGUAUAUUUAAGGAGUGAUGAAGAGCACGAGAAAUCAUUUGAGUUUAGUGCUGCAGAAGCUAAGAGUUCAUCAGUUGUACGCUAA